CAGGCGUGGAGGAGGGGCAGGAGGUGAAAGGGCUCCGGGCUCCCAGUGCCCCCGCGGGGGCCGCUUUGCAGCUGGGUAGUCUGGCCUGGCAGGCAAGCAGGGGGUGCUGUCCUGCACGCCCCCCAGGUCUGCAGACCCGCCCUUGUGGGCCAGGCCUGCUGUCUGCAGCAGACCCCACCUGAGAGGUAAGCACGGGCUGCUUGGCGCCUUUCCCAGCAGGGGGCCAGGCUGGCAGGGACAAAGCCCAGGCCUCCGUCCGAGGACGCGGGUGCCCGGCCAGGUGCCAGACCUGGCGCUCUGGGCUGGUGUCCCCACCCCUUCCUGGAGACCUGACGGCGGGGUGCUCGCGUGCAGGGCACAGCCUGACAGCCUCAGCCCGGGAUUUCUGCCAGUGGUUCUGGGGAUUUUCCAGCAAGAUUCACCCCCAGGGGCGGGAGACCCCCUCUGUGUCUCUAGCCUCCCCUCCGGCGGGUACCCCGGGCCUGCAGUCGUCGCUCGAGGCAGAGCCCGGCGUGUCUUCUUUCCCCGAGUUUGCUGCCUGGUGUGGAAGUCACUGCCCGUGUUGGGGGGUUGUGUUGCUGUUUGAGACGUGCCUGCCUCGACCGAGGCGGCCAGGUGUGUGCAGGACCCUGCCGGUGGGGGAGACCUCAUCAGGGUCCCCUGCUCCAAGUCUGGGGGCCCCCCGGAGGUGGGGUGCGGGCGGAUGGUGGGGUGCAGUGGCCUGAGGACAGAAGGUCUGUCACGUACGUCCCCCUGCACACGCUGCAGCCCGGGAGCCGCCCCCCUGAGAUGGUGAGGCCAUCGUGAUGAGCCGCUUCCCGUCUGGGGUGAGUCCUGCGGAGACUUUCCCAAAGUACUGCCUAGCACUGGCCUCGGCCUCUGAGCUAGAUGCCGGGCAGCCCGGGGUCCCUGGAAGAGUGGGCCGGGGCAUCUGGCACGUGGGACCCAGGAAGACCUUCCCCGGGACAUUUUGCCAACACGGUUGCUCCCCACAGGCGGCCCCUCGCCUUGGAGAGAAUUUCAAGUCGUGGCGAUAAACUCUGACUCUUCAGCUUCACUUUAGGAUCACAAACCAGUAACGGAGCUGCCUGUCCCGCCCAAGAUGGACCAGCCCCGCAGCCUCCUGCAGCCCAGGCCUCUCACCGUCGCACGCUCCAGCCCGCGAGGAGGCAGGUGCGCACACGCCCUGGCUAACGCCCCGUGACCACCUCUGCUGGUAACCCACCUGCUCGCUCGCCGAGAGGAUGAUGCCCACAGUGAGAGCAGAGGGACGGAGAUGGCCUCGCCUGUGCUUCUGGGGGACAGCGGCACCGGGUGGGGGGCAGCCGGCGGGCCAAGGAGACUGAGGCCGGGGCGACCCACCCCCGCCCAGGCCCGCCCGCUGGACCCCAGUUCUGACCAGCCUCUCCCGGCCGCCCUCCAUGGCGGCCCUGCACAAAGAGCCUCCAGUCACGCUGUGCCGACAGGCUUGCCCGCCUCCCCGGGUGUGAACGGGCCGGGAGACCAGGAGCCGCCUCGCCGUGCGCCUCCCCGCCCGCUAGCAUGUUCCUCAUGAACGGGCCCCCUGUGGCUGCUCUCCAGUCCCCAUGGGAGGCCUUCGGGCCGCCGGGGAGCUGUAGGCUUCCCGGGUGCUGCUCCGAGUCGCCCGAGGGCGGCGGGGACUCGGCGGUCAGCGCCCGGGUGCAGAUGGUCCUCAGCCGGCUGCGCUGCGACAAGGCGGCUCUGGGCCGGAGCCGGGCGCGGGCCCUGCACGGGAGCCCGCCAGCAGAGCGGGGCGCCGACACCCCGCCGGCGCCACCUGCCUUCACUGCCCACAGCCCUGCUGCAGCCCUGGACCCUGCGGGCGCCAGGGAAGCCACAGGCCUCGGCCCCUUGGUGCUGGACUCCGACAGCGACGACUCCGUGGACAGGGACAUCGAAGAAGCCAUCCAGGCCUACCUGCAGGCCAAGAGCGGGGCCGCGCAGCCGCCCAGGGCCCUAGACAGGGCCUGCCGGGGCGAGCCUGAGCUGCGGAGCAGCACCCCGACGGCCCCGGGCCCCCCCAGGCCCGCCCCUGGCUCGGGAGGCUGCUGCGUGGCUGCCAGCGAGGACCCGGGCGCCACCUCCCCGGUCAGCGCCAGCAGCGAGGACUCCUUUGAGCAGAGCAUCCGGGCGGAGAUAGAGGCGUUUCUGCAUGAGAAGCGGCAGCACCAGACCAAGUGUGGCUUCUCCGCAGGCGCAGGCAUGGAGCCCGGCGGGAGGCCGGCCCGACCGGCGCCCAGACCUGGCAGAGAGCCUGCGGCCAGGCCGCGCCCACGGGGUCUGCCCGGAGCCUGUCGGGAGUUCGUCUUCCGGAAGCCCUCCAGGCUGACCAAGGUCCAGGCACAGCCCAGGACCCUGAGAUCUAGGGCCACCCCUGGGCCAGGGAGCCUCGGCAGCACAAAGCCGGCCACUCCCGGCCGCCCUCUGGAGGCCACCCAUGGCCAAGGCCAGGAGGCCAAGAGGGGCGGCGGCCUGGGCAGGAGGGGCAGGCGGGCGGAGAGCACAGGCCUGGCGCACGAGGCCUCUGAGUCCAGCAGCGAUGACGGCAUCGAGGAGGCCAUUCAGCUGUACCAGCUGGAGAAGAGGAGGGGGGCGGGCGGGGACCCCCUGGGCGAGGAGCAGGGGCCCAGCCCCGCUACCCAAAGUGCCUUGCCCGAAGCCCACAGGAAAGCGCCGGGCAGGAAGAAGCCGGCGGCCACAAAGGCCUUGGACCUCGGCCCAGGCGGCCUGGACCCUGACCACCCCUGCCCGCCGCCCCGGGAAAGCCCGGCCCCCACCGUCGGCGCCAUGGCCAGAGGCGAGUCAGGGGGCCGGGCCUCCAGCCGAGCCGACACCUCUGCCGAGCUGAUGUGUGCCGAAGCCAUCCUGGACAUCUCCAAGGCCAUCCUGCCGGCCCCCGUGGAGGGCGGUGAGGGGCCCCGCCCCGUGAGCCCGUGCACCCGCACCCCAGACGUGCCUUCCCGCGCCCACAGCGACGGCAGCUCCGUGGACAGUGACGACAGCAUCGAGCAGGAGAUCCGGACGUUCCUGGCUCUGAAGGCCCAGUCGGCGGGCUCCCCGGCCCCGCAGAGCCCCCGGCCGGCCCCCGCCCUCAGCCAGGCCGGGGGCCCCAAGGCUUCUCUCUCUCACCCCAUGGAGCCGCCACUCAGCUGCAGGAGGAGACGCAGGGGCAGCCACGCCCAGCGGCUGUCCAUGCCCAAGAAAGCCAGGGAGGCAGCGAAGGAGUGUCCCCAGGAUGCAGACCCCAGCCAGGGCAGCGCCAGUGAGGCCCCUGGGAGGGACGGCGAGAGCAGGACCCAGCCCCCCGCCAGGACGCUGGGGCUGGGGGACGGGCCGGUGCCGGAGGCGAGGGGCAGCCCGGCGCCCGGGCAGGGGCCGGCAGCCACGGCCAGGAGCGGAGAGGAGAGAGAGAGCUCAGGGGACAAGAGCAGCUCACUGGACAGCGACGAGGACCUGGACACGGCCAUCAAGGACUUGCUGAGGUCCAAGCGCAGAAAGAGGUGGAAGGACCCCAGAGCACCGUGCCGGAAGAGGGUCCGCUUCGGCGGCACCACGCAGCUCUCGGAUGUGGCGGGCGGCCUCCAGAAAGGCUGGGCGGGCAGGAGCCCGCGUUGGCUGAAGAGCUGCAUCCCCAGGGCUGCGGGGGACAGCAGGGAGAGCCCAGCCCAGAAGCCCCUGGGCCUCUGCUGCAGCGGAGCAGAGAGCAGCGCGGCCCCUGCCCUGCAGUUACAGAGCAGGGCCACGGGAGGGGGGCUGCUCCCCUGCGGUUCGGGGUCCCCAGAGCCGCCAGCCCCCAGCCCCCCAUCUGAGGACAGCAGCUCCGUGGACAGUGACGAUAGCAUCGAGUUGGAGAUCAGGAAGUUUCUAGCUGCAAAGGCCAAGGAGUCCCCGAGUGUUCCCGACGUGCGCGGAGCGGGCCCGGCCACCCCCGGAGCGGGCAGCAGACGGCUCCCGGCCCCGCCGGCCGGCGUGUGCACCCGGAGCCAGCGGGGCCGUGGGGCCUCCCAGCUGGCUUCAGCUCCCAGGGGCACGGGGCGCGCGGCGGCGCCCAGCCCAGCCAGCGCCGCUGCUCUGGGAGGGAGGAGCCACCCCCGGGCGGAGCAGGCCGGCCUCCCUGCUGCCCUGCCCAGGAGCGGCAGCGGGACGGCGUGUGCCAGGGGCCGCAGGAACGCGUGUGCUCACAGAGACCCGAGCCCCCGCGGGGCCGAGCCCGCCGCUGCCGCCGGGGAAGGCGCCUUCGGUCAGCUGCCGAGCUGUGCCGGCGGGGCCUUCCCGGCGGGCUCCCGGGGUCAGGGCAUGCUGGUCCGGAACCCCGCCUGCAGGAGGGAGGCCGGGCCGCCCGCUGGCUCGGCACCCCCGUGGGGAGACUUUGCCCACCAGAGCCGGUUGCAGAGCGCGUGGGCGCUGGGCCCGGAAGGCAGGGGCGCGGCGUGGCGAGGGGACCUGGGCGGCAUGCAGAAGGGCGCCCAGGCCCGGUGCACCCCCAGCCUGGUGAUGGACCCCAAGAAAGGCCUGCCCUUCUCAAGCUUCUCCCCGCUGCUCUCCACGCAGCUGUUCCACUUCGGGAAGAGCGUCCCCUGGGGGGGCAAGCCGGCCAGCCUCUUCAGCGCCCCCCUGAGCCUGCCUCUGGCGGGCCCGUCCUUCUCCGCCUUCCGGGAGGCCCAGGCAGGCCCCGGCCCGGUGUUUGGCAGCUCGUCCACGCUCGUGAAGAAGGCGGGCGGACAGUGGCCGCCCAGGAAGCCCCAGGCCGGGCUCAGCCUGCCGAACAGGAGGAACAGGGGCCCGGCAGACGGGGGAGGCCUGAAGGACAGACAGAGGGUGGUGGAGCGUGACGAGGACGACCAGGAGGCCUUGGGCAGCGACGCCAGCGAGCUCAGCGACGCCUCCGCGGAGGACGGAAGCAGCAGCCCGGUGGCCAGGAGCAGCGUUCUCCAGCUGUGAUCGCGCCCCGGCGUCUGUGGACGCAGCCCCCGCGGGAGGCUGGGUGCCUGGGCGGUGUGGGAGCUGGCCGUGGCCGCGGGGAGCAGCAGGUGUUGAACAGGCGUGUCCUGGUAAAUAGGGUUUUUGUAGCUUUUUGGUAAAUUAUUUAAAGUGCUGUAAAGAAAUAUUUUUGGAAACUAUAGCAGUUGGGUUUUGUAGGCCAUCCCGGCUGCAGCGUCUGGCCUCCAGCCGCCUGGCCGGCUUCCAGCAACUGAUGGACUCUGGUUGGCAGCCGGUGGGCGCCCAGGAACCGCAGGCUGCCCGCUGGGCCCGGACCUCGCUGGGGGCUCCUGGACGGCGUGGAGGAAGGACCCCAGCCCUCUUUCUAUGGGGGAGAGGGGGCGGAGCGUGUCUUCUCUCCUCGGGGAGCUGCCUGGACACGGGCCGGCAGGUGGGUCAUCUGGUGUGCCCUGUGGAGUCCCAGGCGGCGGCCGGCCAGCUUGUGUCCUGUCCUGCUGGUGACAGCGGCAGCCUCGCAUCCAACGUGGCCACCACAGCGCUUCAUUCCUGUCCUGGUCCUUGGGGGGCGGGGGGCUCUUGCGGGCUGAGCAUCCUCGCUGGGGGGAGAGGCCCCACCUGCCCGCGGAGCCAGUGCUCAGGGUGGCGCUGCUGAGCCCCAAGCCGCAGGAGGAAGCGUAUUCCUGGUGGCUGGCGGGCCCCGUGUCGCCCGGCCCGGGCCCUGGCCCAUGCGGCAUUUUUGUGCAAUUUCUGGCGGACUUUGCUCGGUUGCCGAGUUUGCAGCCCACGGUUGCCGCUGGGCUCCCAGGACCGGGACCUGGCAGGGCGGUGGGCACGCUGGCUUGCGCAUGAACUCCCUGCACCUGCGCCCGGGGGUCCAGCAGGAACUCACCGCCGCCCCCGUGAGCACACCUGCACCAGCGCCUUGGCGGGCACCUGCCAGAGACGCCAGGCCGUCCGGGCGGCCGGGUGCGCCGGAACCCCCACGUCAGUCACGUGCUUCCAGGAAAGGCUGCCAUGCACCCUGCUGGAGUCUCAUGUAAAUUGCCAGGAGUGCUUUUAACACUCGGAGACAGAAACCAGUCUGUUUUGUCUGUCAGAACUGGUUUUUUAAGCUAAUAAACCAAGCACUGCCCAUGAGUCGGUUUCUGCAGUUUGUCCUCCACAGGGGCCCCUCGCACCUGCAGCCCACGGGUGCAGC